AUGUCGGGACAUAAUACACAAGAAGACGCUGAAGCUGAUAGGAUAGUGAUGGUAAAGAAGAUAUUGAGCGCGGCAUUUUAUGCGCUCGCGUCGUUUAUGAUAACGGUAGUGAACAAAACCGUGUUAACAUCUUAUGCAUUUCCCUCUUACCAAGUCCUAGGCUUGGGCCAAAUGUUGGCAACUAUUUUGGUGCUUUGGUUUGGCCGCUCUGCCAAAGUGGUGCAGUUUCCACCCUUAGAUAGUGGUGUAGCACGACGAAUUUGGCCACUUCCUCUUAUUUAUCUUGGAAACAUGGCAACUGGACUAGGCGGUACAAAGGAACUAAGUUUACCUAUGUUUACAGCGCUGAGACGGUUCAGUAUUUUGAUGACAAUGAUUCUCGAGAGAUUUGUACUUGGUAUAAAAGCUUCAUGGCCAGUUCAAGUUAGUGUAUUGGCCAUGGUUGGAGGUGCACUACUCGCAGCCGCUGAUGAUGUAACGUUUUCCUGGUCAGGAUAUACGUUAGUGCUACUAAAUGAUGGAUUUACAGCAGCAAAUGGUGUUUACAUGAAAAAGAAAUUAGAUUCAAAGGAACUUGGCAAGUAUGGACUAAUGUAUUACAAUGCUCUUUUUAUGAUAGUGCCAGCUGCAAUAGUGGCUUGGUGCACAGGUGAUCUUGAACGUUCUGCUGAGUAUGCUCAUUGGUCUGACAUGUUAUUCCUAGCACAAUUUUUAAUGUCAUGUGUGAUGGGCUUUGUGCUCUCUUAUAGUGUUAUGAUGUGUACACAAUAUAAUAGUGCCUUGACUACAACUAUUAUUGGUUGCUUAAAAAAUAUUUUAGUUACUUAUUUAGGAAUGAUGAUUGGUGGAGAUUAUGUGUACUCAUGGCUCAAUUUUGUGGGGUUAAAUAUCAGUGUUCUAGCUAGUCUAGGUUAUACAUAUGUUACUUUUAAACGAAAGCCAGCUAGUUAUAUGCUUUUGAAUGAAGCAAAUAGUAAAGUUGAUACUGUA